GGGACAUCUUGUCUUUUUACCGUCAUCAAUUGCCGUCAACGUCGACGGAUUCUGUAAUUCCUCACGCCUCGGAGAAAUGGAGUUCUGUUCUACUACCCCGAGCUAUUACUUAGCGGCUCUCGUCUUCAGUCAGUUUGUCUGGAAUUAUCAUGGCCGACCUCGGUGCUGUAAACAGUGCCAUCAAUGACACGGUAGAGAAACUCGUUAUCAAUACCAUACGAUGCCUCGGCGCGGACUUGACGCAGGAGCACUCAGGCGGUCAUCCUGGCACGGUCAUGGGGGCUGCCGCCAUCGGAGUUGCUCUCUGGCGCUUUGCGAUGAGGUACAACCCCAAGAAUCCUGACUGGUAUGUUAUCCGUGGAAGCUUACCCCGCAGUUCUCUGUCAGACCGAUCUUUCUCCAGGUUCAAUCGUGAUCGGUUCGUUCUUAGUGCCGGUCAUGCCUGUCUGUUUCAAUACAUUCAUCUUCACCUUGCCGGUUACGACGCAUGGACUGCUGAUCAGCUCAAGACAUACCAUAACCCCAACUUUGGUAUGGCGGCGGGCCAUCCCGAAAUCGAGUUCCCUGGAAUCGAGGUGACCACUGGUCCCCUUGGCCAAGGAAUCGCCAACGCCGUUGGCCUUGCUAUCGCCGCAAAAAACUUGGCAGCGACAUAUAAUAAACCUGGCUUCGAUAUCGUGGAUAACAAAAUAUGGUGUUUCACGGGGGACGGUUGUUUACAAGAAGGGGUUGGCCAGGAAGCGCUGUCUCUCGCAGGACAUCUUCGGUUAGACAACCUCAUUGUUAUUUACGAUGACAAUCAGGUCACUGUCGAUGGCAGUAUCACCAACUGUUUUACUGAUGACUCUUCCGCCAAGAUCUCUGCGAACGGAUUCCACGUCAUUGAAGUGCAAGAAGGCACGAACGAUCUUCCCGCGAUUUUGGAAGCUUUUGAUGAAGCCAAGACCAUCCAAGGCAAGCCUGUCUUCGUCCACAUCCGCACGGUAAUUGGGUACGGAAGCCAUCGUGCCAAUACGGGUGCGGCUCACGGACAGCCUCUUGGCAUCGACGAAGUCGAAUAUGUCAAGGGUGUCUUUGGUUUUGAUCCCAGGGUCAAGUGCCACAUUCCAGAUGAAGUCUAUGAAUAUUUCCGCCCUGUCGUUGCACGGGGUCAUGAGGAUGAGGAGAAAUGGAAAGCUCUCUACAUAAAGUACGCUGAAGCCUAUCCAGCAGAAUAUGCCGAAAUCCAGCAGCGUUUGACUGGAUGUCUUCCUGACGGUUGGCGAGAACUUCUUCCUCCAAAGUCGAAACUCCCCACGGCCGAGCAGCCUACUCGAAAAUCGUCAGGUAUCGUCGUCACCACGCUAGUUCCAAAGUUUAAACAUUUUGUUACUGGCUCUGCUGAUCUUCUGGAGUCCACAUACGUCAGCUUCCCGAACCAAAUCGAAUUCCAGCACCCUGACACAGGUUUGGGGGAUUAUUCCGGUCGCCAGAUACGAUAUGGAAUUCGGGAGUUUGCCAUGGUCGGCCUUUCCAACGGUAUAAGCGCGUAUCAGGACGGCAUGUUCAUCCCUAUCUGCUCGACUUUCUUCCAAUUCUGGCUUUACGCUGCCCCGGCCGCGCGCAUGUCGGCGCUUCAAGGUCUCCGGAUCAUUGGAAUUGGGACUCAUGAUUCCAUUGGUAUCGGUGAGGAUGGCCCCACGCACCAGCCUAUUGCACUGUCUUCUUUCUACCGAAGCCUGCCCAACUAUAACUUCAUUCGACCAGCAGAUGCUGAGGAAUGCAUGGGCGCUUGGGAAAUCGCCUUAGAUUCUUCACAUACCCCUUCCCUCUUUGCCCUUUCCCGCCAGCCCGUUCCCUUACAUGAACACUCUGACCGGUCCAAGGUAAAGUUUGGCGCUUAUUCCAUCUUCUCAACGUCUUCCGACGAUUCCCACCCGCAACUCAUCAUCAUCUCCUCUGGCUCCGAAGUCACGCGUUCCAUCGAAGCGGCUAAACGUCUUGGUGACGAACUAAACCUCCGCGUACGCGUUGUCUCGAUGCCCAGUCAGGCGCACUUUGACAAGCAGUCGUAUGAGUACCGCGAUUCCGUGCUUGGCGAGGGCAAGGCGCUCGUGGUGGCUAUCGAGGCUUGGUCAUCGUACGGCUGGGCGCGGUACGCGCAUGCGUCCCUUAGCAUGCAUACCUUUGGGCAGAGUGCGCCCCAGGCCACGCUGUAUGAAAUCUUCGGAUUCGGAGUCGAUAAUAUCGUGGCGAAAGUGAAGGCGUGGGUGGAAAGCAAGACGAUGGAUGGGGAAAUUGUACUGCCGAGAUUGGGGCAAUUUGAGGAGUUGCUUUUGGGUUAUGUGAAUCCCCACAAACAUUGAAGUUGAUGAAUGAGCUCUCAUAGACCCAUCUCUGAGGAUUUCCUUGCGGAAUGUAUCAUCAUGUUUACGAAUAAACACCAGUUGUACCGUCAGUAAGGUGAGUUUAGGUAAGUCUUCC